AUGCAGAACAGAUCAGGAUAUUGCGGUUUUUGUUGUGUAUUCUAUAAUAACCUGGAGCAGCAUCUAUCCAGUGACUAUCACAGAUCCUUGAUCACACAGAAAAGACAACGGAUGGGUGCUGCUAGUUUGAUGAAACGUUUCUUGCAGGAUGUACUGCAGCACCACCCAUGUCAUUAUCAAGAAAGCAGAUCAGUGCAAAAUGAGAGACCUCAUAUGACUACUGUGUCACCUUCAGAAGUGGUUCCUAAUGAUGAUUUUAGUCCUGAAAUAAAGACUGAGGAUGUUGCUGGAGUCAGAGAAGAGAUAUCUACCAAGGCAUCUGAACCCGUUGAAAAGUUGUAUUCUAGGUCUCAGGGAUAUAUGCAUAGUGUUUCAGAUCGACCAUCAGUUAUUCAAAAACUGGAGAAAGGACAACAGCAUCCCUUGGAGUUCAUUCAUAAAAUUGGGAGCAGUAUGAAAGAGUUUAAUCCAGUUGGUAUUGGUCACAGUACAAAUAACAGACAAAGUGUAAUAUGUUCAUCAGUGAUUUCUAAUGCUCCUGUUAGUUGUUUACCUGAAAGUUCUCAUGAAAGACCAGUUACAACUGACACUACUACUGGUUUAUCACUUGGAGUCCAUUUGGAUUUAGUUAACAAAUGUGACCCAAACAAAGCUGGCAAGUACCUUAAACAGCUAAACAAGGGCUCUAGAAACCCUAUGCUACUGUCCCAUCCAGAAACUUCUUCAGUUCCGUAUCAGAAACCUAAAGAGUUAAACAGAAAGUCUUUAUGUACAAAUUCAGAUAAGUUGACCUUACAGGAAGAUGUAAAUUCUCAGACUAAAGCAUUGUCAACUGGCUUUAAAGUCCAUGAAUUUGUGGGUACUGAAAACUCUUUAAAAUUGGAAUCUCUUUCUAAAUUUGCAGUAAAUCCAGUAGUCAACCUGAGUAAAACUAAUAUAGGAAUCUUUGAAGAUGACAUUCCAAAGCACCAUGAGAAAUUCUUUCCUAAUAUGGAUCAUAACCAAGAAGGAAAGCAUUUGGUUUUUAACAAGUCAGCCUUUUUGGAACAGAAGAUCGCAGUGAGUUCUGAAAUGAAGUUUGCUGGUAGCUCUCUUCAGUCAGCAUCUGAUCACUGUGAAGAGGCUGAACCAGACCUUUGGAAGGGGGAGCAAACUGACCAAGAAGAUAAGAACUGUGAAUCAAGAGAUUCUGAAGUAAGUUUUGAUGGCAGUUCCUCUUUUUAUCCACUGAUGGACCAAUCCAAAGUGACUGCUGAAGAAAUAAAGCUUUCAAAGGAAGUACAUACUGAUUUGCAAUAUAAGAAUAAUACAUCUUAUAUUUCUGAAAUAAGCUCUGAUUGUGAUGACUCCCUUCAGUUGACUACCAGCAGAACUCAAGUGAAAGAGGAAAGUGUUCAGAAGGUAAUGCGUAUUAGGCUGGUUGAUGAAAGCUAUGAAUCCAGUGAUUCUGAGAUGAAUUUUGAUUGUGAUGCCUCACUUCAGUCAACUGAUGACUGCCGCCAACAGCCUGAGAAAGAAGUAAACCUUCCUAAGCGGGUGCUCGUUGGCUUGGUUGAUAUGAACUAUGGAUGUAGUAGCUCUGAAAUAAGCGCUGAUUCUGUUUCCUCGCUUCAGUCAAUGCCUGGCCAAUUCCCAGUGACUGUCACAGAAACAGAACUUCAGAAGAAGGUUCAGAUCAGCUUGGUUGAUAAGAACUAUGGAUCGAGUUGUUCUGAAACAAGUUUUGAUUGUGAUGUUUCUCUUCAGUCAGUCUUCGACCAUCCUCACGUGGCUGUCAGUGAAAGAAACCUGGAGGAUAGGCCCGUCUCUCUAAAAGAUAGGAAUCAUAAACCCAGGAGUGCUAAAGCAUAUCUUGAUUGUGAUGUCUCUCUUGAGACCGUGUCUGAUGGACCUCAGAAGGAUGUUGAAAAUAUUAAUCUUCGGAAAGAAAAGAAUGGCCUUGGGGAUAUGAACUGUGAAUUUCAUGGUCCUGAGAUAAAGUUUCAUCUGAUGAAAACAGAUCCUCAGUUAGUGCCUGCUCAAUCCCAAGUAGCAGUUAAAGAGGUAAAUGCUCAGAAAGUAGCUCCUGACCUGGAGAACAAGAGUGUUAAGUCUAGCAUUUCUGAUCUCAGUUUUGAUUCUCACCCUAUAGGUGCUUGUGGUGAAGUAAAUCUGAAAGCAUUAAAUGUUGACAUGGAAGUUAAGAGCUCUGGAUGCCCCAGUUUUGAGUCCACUUUUGACUCUGAUUCUUCUUUUAUGUCGGUUUCUGAGUAUCCUGAGCUGGAUGUUGAAGAAAUAAGUAAGAAGCAUGUUAACCUGGAAGAUGAGAGCUUUGAAUCAAUUAGUUUGGAAAGAACUUUUUAUUCUGAUAGUCCUCUUCACCCAGUAGUUGACCAAUCUCAAGUAACUGUUUAUGAGGAGGAUCCUGUUGAUCUGGAAAAUAAGAUUCGUGAAUCUUGUGUUUCUGAAAUAACUUUUGAUUCUGAUGUGCCUCUUCAUUCAGGGACUUAUCAACCUGAAGUAGUGGUUAAAGAAACAUUCAUUCAGAAAGAAGUGCGUACACACUUAGGAGAGAAAGAUGAUGCACCCACCGGUUCUGAAAUAAGUUUGGCUUCUUAUAUCCCUUUUCACUCAGUGAUUAAGCAGCCAGAAGAAGCUGUUAAAAACCUAAAUCCUCAAAAAGAAGAGUGGGUACACUUAGAAAAUAAGGAAAAUGAAUCUAGUGAUUCUGAAAUUUUUGAUUACGAUAUUUUUCGUUCAAUGACUGGACAUUCUGAAUAUCCUAUUAAAGAAAGAAACCUUCAGAAAGGGGAGAAUAUACACUUAGAAAAUAAGGAUAAUUUAAAAGUUUCUGAAACAAGUUUGGAUACUGAUAUCCCUGUUCAGUCAGUGACUCACAAACCGGAACUGAUUGUGAAAGAACUAGGGCUUCAAAAAGAAAAGCAUGCUAAGUUAAAAGGUCAAAGUGCUGAAUAUAGUGGUUCUGAAAUAAGUUUAGAUUCUGAUUAUUCAAUGACUGAACCUCAAAUAACUGUUAAAGAAAAAAGUGCUCAGAAAGAAGAACAUGUUGUUCUAGAGAACAAGAGUGAUAAAUAUAGUAGUUCUGAAAUAAUUUUGGACUCUGAUGUCCCUCUUCAGCCAAUGAAUGACCAACCUCAACUAGCCCUUUUGAAGGAAAAACAUGUUCAUUUGGAAGAUACAAACAAUGAAUCUAGUGAUGGUAAAAUAGAUUUUGAUUCUGCUGACCCUCUUCAGCCAUUGACCGAACAAUUUCAGGAAGUGGUUGAAGAAACAAACGUGCAGAAAGAAGAGGAUAUGAGCCUGAAGAAUAAGGUUGAUGAACCUAAUGAUUGUAAAUUAAUAGAUAAUUCUGAUGUUUCCCUUCCAGCUGUGCCCAGUCAACCUAAAGUGGCUGUUAAACGAAUAAACCUCAAGAAUGAAAAUCAUGUGUACUUGAAAGAUAAGAACAGGCAAGAUAGUGGUUUUUCGAUGAGUUUGAAUUCUGAUCUCACGGAUCAGUCAGUAGUUGAUCAUCCUCAGAUAACUAUUUUGGAGCAAAAGCAUACUGAACUAGAAGAUAAGCACAAUCAAUCUUGUGGUUCUGAAAUAAACUUUAAUUCUGAUGACCCCCUUCAAUCAGUGGCCAACCAGCUUAGACAAACUGUUAAAGAAAUAAGCCCUUGGAGGGAUGAAGUUGACAUGGAAGAUAAGAGAGAUGAACCUAAGCAUUUUGAAACUGAAUCUGACUCUGAUGUCUGUGUUCAGUCAGUGGCUGGCCAAACUGAAGUUGUUAAGGAGGUAAACCUUCUGAAGGAGCAUGUUGACUUGGAAGAUAAGGUUGUCAAACCUAGUGAUUCAAAAAUAAACUUUGUUUCUGAUGAAGCUUUUCAAUCUGUGGCUAAUGAAGUUCAAGAGGCUGUUACAGAAAUGAAUCUUCCGAGGGAGGGACCUGUUUGUCUGAGUGCUAAGAGCUAUGGACCUAAUGAUUCUGAAAUCAUUUUUGCUUCAAAUACCCCUCUCCAAUCAGUGGUUGAGCCACACCACGAUUUGGAAGAGCAACAAGCCAAUUUGGAAGAUAAAAGCAAUGAUCCUUGUGGUCCUAAGAUAAAUUUUGUUUCUGAAUAUCCUCUUCAGUCAGUGACUGGCCAGCUUCAAAGAAAAGCUGUUAAAAAAAUAGGUCUUUGGGAGGAAGGCCAUAUUUACCUGGAAGAUAAGAGAUACAAACUAGGUGAUUUUGAAGUAAGUUAUGAUUCUGAUGUUGACUUUGUAGCUGGUCAUUCUGCUGUGGCUGUCAAAGAAAUAAACUUGCAAGAGGAGGAUCAGAAUAACCUAGAAAAUAAGAACUGUGAACUUAGUGUUUCUGAAAUAAAAUGUGAUUCUGGUGUUCAUCUUCAGUUAGGAGUUGCCCAACCUCAGGUGGUUUGCAAAGAAAUAAACCUUCAGAUGGAAAAGUACCUUGGCAUGCAAGAGGUUAGUGAACCUAGGGAUUCUGAAAUAAUGUGUGAUUCUGAUGUUCCUCUUCAAAUAGUGAUAAACGAAGAGUCAGACAGAGAAACAGAUAAGAUGCUGUUUGUGGACCUGACAGCAAGUGAUAAUGACUGUGAAGUGAUUUCAGAUUCUGAUGUCCCUUUUCAGCCAGUGAUUGAUUCACCUCAAAGGACUGUCAAAGAAAUCAGCUGUAUAAAUGCGGAAAGUUUUGACCUAGAUGAGAACUGUGACUCUUGUGAUUCUGACCUAAGAUAUGUUUGUGAAGCCUCUCCUCAAUCAGUGACAAACCAUUCCAAAAAGGUCUUCAAAGUAGUAAAGCAGAAGCAAGACUAUAUUAUUCUGGAAGAGACAAGCUGUGAGCCUUAUGUUUCUGAACUGAGUUUUCAAAUUGAUUCCUCUCAUCAGUCCAUGACUUACCAGUCGCAAAAAUCUGAAAAAAAAAGGGCAAAAUAUAGUGACCCCAAAGAUAAGAGCUGUCAAUAUAGUGGUCCUAAAAGAAACUUUGAACGAGAGGAGACUUCUCAGCCAGUAACUCAGCAACAGCAGAAGGUUGACAAAGGAGUCAGCCUUUGGAAAGAUGUAGAAAAUAUUGGCCUAAAAGAUAAGAACUGUGAAUCUGGUGUUUCCGCAACGGAUUGUAAUGCAUCUCCUGGAUUGGUGAUCCAUCAAAUGCCUGAUCAAGAAAACCUUUUGAAGUUAAAACAUACUGAUCUAGAAAGUAUGAGCUAUGAACCUUGUGGUUCUGGGGUGAAUUUUCAACGUGAUCCUUCUCUCCAGUCUGUCAAUGACUGGCCUCAAGAAGCUGUUAAUAAGAUCAACCUAUUUACGAAGAUGUCUUUUGACCAGAGAAAAAUAAACGAUAAUAAUUCCCAUUCAGACUCUGUUCCCAUGAUUGAUUCUAUAAGGAACUUGGCAAAAGCAAAGGAGGUCAUAGAAGAUGAUCUUCAUGAACUACUUACUGAAGACUUGCCUCCUGUCCCUCCUUCAUUUGUGGGGAAAACGCAGUCUCAGAUAAUGAAAGAAGAUGAUGUGCAAAUGAGUGCUCUUGUGAAGGAAUUCAAGAAAGAUCAUUUCUACUGUUACUUUGUUAGCGACUGUGAGAUGAGAAAAAUGAAAAAAAAAAUUUUGAAUGAAGAAAAAAAGAUGACCUGGACUGACCUCAAUCAGGAUACCACAUCAAUUCAAGUUCUGUCAGAUUGUGAUGGUAAUGCGGGUGGCAUUUCAGAUAUUGCUGACUUUUCAGUGGCUUUAGAUAAACCUAACCAUUAUCCUUCAACAGGAAGGAAUCAUGAACAAACAUGGCAAGUUGCCUCUCAAGGCCAGGCUAUAAAAGUUAGCCAUAGAACUCAAACCAGUCUCACAAGUCAGCCAGGGACAAAAAGAAGAAUUAGUGGACAAGAGAAAGACUCUCCAGUAAGGAAGUGUUUACUUUUACAAAACAACGGGAAAACAAGAGAGAAAGUUAAAAAAAAUGAAUUUCCUGAAUCAUGUAUUAGUGUUUUGAAGCCUUUGCAAGGAAAUACCUUAAUUUAUAUUCUUUCUUCAAAUAUUAAGUUGAAGAAAGGUGAAUCCAACAGCUUCUCUAAAAGGAGGCACUGUAGUAGAAAUAAUUGGGAUAUUAACAUACAGUACAAAUUUAACCAGAGUUCCUUUAAUUGUAAUGACCCAUUGAAUAAGAAAAUUGUAAUUGAUCCUCCUCUGAACAUAGAAGUACCAGGGUCUGACAGGAAUAAUUGUGUUGAAAUGCAUGUUAGUCCCUUAAAUUCUAAUGCAGAAGAUAAUGAUCCUUAUGUACAAAGCUCUGCUUCAGUACCUUUUAUGACAGUGUCAGUAGGACAUGAACUAAAGUCACAGCAGGAGGACAGUGAAUCUUCUGUGUUUCCAGAAAAAUCAAAGAUUUUUAGUUCUAGUGAAAUUUCAAAGGAAAGUAAUUUCCAGUCAACUUUUUCAAGUCGUGAUGUUGCCAAAACUUCAUCAAAAUCAUUUAGAAAAAAGUUUUUGAAAAGUAAAAGCAAAAAUCAGAGAAAGAAGGUAUCAACAAAUAAUAAGCCAGAUUCUCCCAAAAAAGGUUGUAGAUCAGUUAUUCCCCAGCAAAAUAUCAGAAUUGCUUCAGAAAAACGGUCGAUUUGGAUUCAGAGCAAACUAAGUGAUAUAAUUAAAAAGUAUAUUCCAAAAUACUCAGUUUUUUUGCGUCACAAAUAUCAGCCCAGGAGCACUUUUGUUAGGACCCACAUUAAGAAGAAAAAACCUAAUGUGAGUAGGUUAAAGAGGGCGAAGAAGCCAGCUAAUAUGCUCUCAAACUCCUCAGUUCUGUCAGCAGGAGCUGAAGAGCAGUCACGAGCUAUAGCAGGCUCUUCUAAGCAACGUGUGCAGACAUCUCCAGCGUUGCACGAAGUAAGAAGGAUGGCAAUAAAAAACACCCUAGAAAACAACAGAGAAAGCCGUGUAGACCUAUUAGAACAUAUGAUUUGA